UUCGUAUUGCCCAAGCGAAGAGAUUCGAUCAUUUUUCGUGUUUAUCGUAAAUGUCAGUCUGUCAAACUUAUUUGGUGUGAUAUUCUCCAGUGAGUAAUUGGUGUUUAAUGUGGAGUGUAUUGAAACUUUUACCCAGAACCUUUAGUCGAGCAGUCAUGCCAUUGCAGCGCCAAAGUGUUUUCAGUGUGAUCUUCAUCGUAUGCUGCAGUCUGCUAGUGCUGGUGGUGGCCCUAUCAGAAGCUGGCCGCGUUGAGCACAACUCUACGGAAGUAUUCCAUCGAGUGACUCGAGAUCGGCGUCGGUACUGUGGCAAGGCUCUAACCGAUGCGCUGGCGCUGGUUUGUAACAGCUAUCCAUCUCCGUGGAAGAGGAAAUUUGCUCCAUUUGUUGGUGAGGACACCGACGACGACUCUUAUCGAGAGCAACUAAUUGCGGAAAUAAGACAAGAUCUCGAUGAACUAGAACAGCUCUCACCGGAAAUGUUUGACGACAAACCUGUACAAUAUCACCCAUUUUAUCCCCGAUUCGCUCGGAUCCCAGUGGGGGGCACAAGGGAUUCCCACCGCCGAGUCCGUCGUCAGAUCGUUGACAAAUGUUGCCGUCAAAGUUGCACCAUAAGCACUCUUAAGCAGUACUGUGCUGACUAAUGUCUUUAAAAAUUACACUGUAUGAGAUCUAAUCCAUUGUAACCUUCGAAUAAACUAACCGUGGCUUCGCACCGAUGACUUUCCCUUUGCGGAUUUUACUUAAUUCACUGAUUUAUUUUCAGUUAGCCUUCCGUAAUCGAUUCG